GCUGCCUCGGUGCUCCAGCCCGGGCUAGGUGCUCAACCACCUACCCACGAUCAACCCCACGACUAUCCAGGACGAUCUCAACACGAGAUAUGAGCAGCUGGUGAACACUCGCAGUUGACUCAUCCAGGAUUGAUGGUGUAUCUCACAGUCGUUCGAUCCCAUGACAAUGUCGGAAUCCUGGCGGCAUCCAUGGACCAUUCGCCGCCAAACUACCCGCCAUCAAUCUUGCGCAGUGCCACGUUGAUCACUCAGUCCUUGCUCAACCCAUGCAGGGCCUCCAUCAACGCAUCGCCAUAGAGCCACCCACAUCGGCGGCUCAAGAUCCACAGCGCGGGAUGUACAUGACCCGGAUCCAUCUCGGAUACGACUGAUGCGCGCCAAUAAGUCCCUUGGCCUGCUCGACUACCGAGACGAACUACCCGCGUGCCGUCUACUGGUCUUGUAUCGACGGAAAAUUCUGGAGACUUACCCUCCGUACAGAAUCUUCACCAAGGAACAAAGGAAAGGACCCCGGCCAAUGUCAAACUGGGGUACCGGGUAAUUGGAUGAUAGCACAUAUAGGUUGACCUAUAAGGGAGGAAUAUCGACGCCGAAGAUCCAUAUUGGCAGGCGGAAGUCACAAUUCGCAACAAAACAACCUGAUUACUCGUCCCUACGUCUUAACCGAAUGGCGGAAGCCAAUACCUGACUAGAGCAAAUAACCCAACCCGCGUGGUACAUAUGGCCUUUCCCCGCAAUCGAGAUAAAGCACUUGGCGGAGUUGGAUCGGGUUAUAAGUCGGGUAUGUCUUCCAGAGCCUGAUGGCAUGACUGACUGACUACUUGCCGUUCCCAUGAUUGCCAUUGUCACUCUAUAUAGGGCUGUGAUUACCACAACCACGUCACAAUUUUCAGCCAGCAGCGACCCUUUCCUUGAAUAACACCCGAACAAGGACUUCGAAACACAACCAUGUGUCUCGUAACCCUCAUCCUAGCAGCCCUUACCCUUCAAGCCCACCAAACCCUCGCCCAAAAACCAACAAGAACUCUCCCCACCCUCCCAACCUGGCCAACACCCACCCCAGACCCAGGAGGACCUCUCCCGGCAUCAUGCACCUACCGCCCGACAGCAACCUGGUAUAAGACAUCAGGCUGUGCGGUAACCUGCGCCACUAGCAUCCGUUGCAAUGCCGAUUUCCCGGUAAUCGUCCCCUGCGGGUGUACAAGAGCCUCAGUGGCACCAACGACAACGUCCAUCUGCCCCACAGCCUCCGACUGCCAGCAAUGUACCACCAGCUGGGGGAUCUAUGUCACCACGCAGUCGAAUUGUGCCUCGAAUGCUAGGGUGACUGGCAGAGCUGAGGCAAAUGACGCGCACCGCUGGAAAGAAGAGGGGAUGGCCAGAUAUGUAAGGCCUUUGGGGGCUUGA